CUUGGACUGAAUGGUGGUAUGUCACUACAGCUGUAUUGUCUGUGUCUCCAGUACCCCUUGACUGUGUUGAUUGUGAUCGUUGGAGAGAUCUACCAGCUCAUCAAUGUUGUCUCCUUUGGCAGCUGGUUUUUCAUGGCCUUGGCAACCUUGGGGAUGCUCAUCCAUCGGUACCGCUUCCCCCUCCACCCAAGACCUUUCAAAGUGCCUGUGGCCAUCACAUUCAUCUUUACAGUGGUUUGCUUCUUCAUCGUGGGUAUGUCUCUGUAUUCAGACCCCUGGAACACAGGGAUAAGCUGUGCUCUCACACUGACUGGAGUCCCAGUUUAUUAUUUGACUGUCCACCGCUUCCAUCUGCCCCACAGAUGGCGACGCAUCUUCAACUACUGCAGCUUACAGGUACAGCUCCUUCUAGAAGUGGUUCAACAGGAAGUCCAGACAUACUGAACACCCCAAAGACAUCCUGGUUUCUGUUGACAGAAUCUGUGGUUACCAGCUGAAGAACUGCUAGAAGCUUCUUUGUACAGAAGUUUAAACCAGUAUGUUUUAAGUGUCGGUUGUAAUACAUUAAGAAUUUUAAGUUACAAUUGCAAGAAAACUCUUGAACCUACACUAGAGAAAAUGGAAAAUCUGACUUCUCUUAUAAAAUUUGACUUAAUUAUUCUAAGAAAAGUUGCUAAUAUUGGGCAAUUUUCAGGGCCAGUUUCUAACAUUCAUUGACACUGGAAUGAAACACACUCUUCCCUAUCACUGUCCUUCUGUAUGACCAUCAAAAUCUCUGAACAUUUCAUGGUUCUAGCUUCAUUAUAGGCUAAGUUAUGGCAGAAAAUAUGCAUUAAAUGGGGUUUUCAAUGGCAGUCAGACCCAGAAUCCAAAUUAUAUUCAAAUGAAAUUUGGUGUGGUAAUAGACAUUGCCACCCUACAUAUGCAUGUCAAAUUUUUAAGUGUUUCAAUAAUGUUUGACAGAGAUAUGAAUUUUUAAAAUGUUGCCUCAUGUUAUAGAAGGGGACUUUUGUGAUUUGUCUGUUAGGCUUUUGUGACCUUGACAUUUAACCUUUUCCAGCCAAAAUCUAAUCACUUCUAGGGUUGGU